CUCCCGCCCCUCCCCCAACUUAACUCCAGGAUCGUGGAUCUGCCCUCCCCGCUCUCCCGAAGCUGUUCGGGCAGUGUCCGGACUUCAUCGGAGGGGGCUAGAAUCCGGCGUCUGCCUCUUCACCCCCCGUAUCGCCCUGCCUGAGGCACGCGUGCUGACAGGGGAGGGGAAAGGGGAAAGCUUCUCGCGCACAUAGCUCGCGGUCAGGGCACCCGGGAGGAGAUGCCCGGCCAGGGUCCAGUGUCCGAGUGGACGGAGUGCAGUUCUUCCACAGAGCCGCCCACAGUGGCCAGGGCCGAGGGUGGCGGCGGCGGAUCAGCUGGAUAUCCUUAUUACCAGAAUUCCAAAGUUAUUGAUAGAUUCAAAGAUGGACGCAAAAUGAACUCACACAUAACCAAGCUGCAAGAGUUAUGGAAAACGCCUCAAGUUCAAACAAUUCACAUCCCUAAGUCAAUGACAGAGACAUCCUUUCUAAAGCAUCCAGACCUCACCUUAGGCCAGAAGCGUUACCUGUGCAGCAUUGCUAAGAUCUAUAAUGCAAACUAUCUGAGGAUGUUAAUGAAGAGGCAGUACACGCAUGUGACCCAGCACAGCUCACAAAAACCAGGCAGGUGCACCUCCAGGAACCACCGCAGUUCUCGUUACUCACAUAAGCAGCAUCACCCCUGCACUACAUGGCGACACCAGCUGGAGAGAGAGGACUCGGGGCCUUCUAACAUUGCAGCUGCAUCUGCACCUGAGAUGAUCAUACAGCAUUCCCUUUGGCGACCAGUGAGAAACAAAGAAGGUUUAAAAACUGGAUAUGCAUCUAAAACAAGAUGUAAGUCACUGAAGAUUUUUGGAAAACCAGGCAGACUGUUCAUGCAGUCAGUUUCUACAAAUGAUUCUGAAUCGUACAUGAAUGAAGAAAAAAAGGAAGACGAUUUGCUAAAUAAGUGUAUGCAAUCAAUGUCAAUUGAAGAACAGGGAGAACAUCUGAUGCUAACUUGACAAUCUUGAGUAUUGGUGAUGUGCCAAAGGUGGGGGGAAGGGAUUGUGAAUUGUGUCCUCUCUCUACAUUCAGUAUUGUUAUUCACCACUAAGUCAUUAAGUAAUUUUAGUUUGUUCAGAAACUUUUACUACCAUGUAAAUGGUUUGAUGUAUAGUUCCAUGUACCAAUGAUAUUUUGUGUAAUAAAAUUUGUGUGAAAUAUAUGCGUGUAGUCCUAGCUAGGUACAAUUAAAAUUUUUCUUGUCACCUAAAACUG